AUGUACCGUCUUCGCGACCCAGCGGAAUAUAUAUCGAAAGCAAAACAUGGACGGGCCGGUCACAUCAUGAGAAGAAUCGACGAAGAAUGGACCAAAAGAGCGCUAGAGUGGAUCCCAAGAGAUGGUAAACGCUCUCGAGGGAGACCGCCAACGAGAUGGGGUGACGUGUUCGCUAAACGGAUGGACCAGCUGAGAGCUCAGCUGGAUGCGGCUCAAGGUCACUCGCGAAACUUGAGAACAUCUUGGAUGAAAAAGGCGAAGGAACGAAAUGAGUGGAAGAGAUGCUGGGCCCCGAACGUCCAGUGA